CUGAAGAAAGUGUAAAGUUGCCGUACAAUAAACUUUCUAUUAUUUUCCGACGUUCCCGAUCGUCGGCGUUGAACGAGCCGGGAGUUUAUAUAGUUCGUCUGUGCGGCCAGAAGAAGUGUCUAGUUAAGCAGAAGUUUGGCGCGUGUUCCGAACGCGACGAUGUCACUCUUUUGUCUUAUUCACUUAUUCGCUGCCGUUCCCCUCUGUUAAUCGUUGUCUCGCGAACGUGCUCGUACUUAUGCGCUCUCCGGCAGUCCGAGUGAUAACACAAUUGUCGGGAGUUGUCACGCACGGCAAUUAUUCUGAUUGAAUUAUCGGCGGGAGCGGCGUGUGUUUCGCGAAAAAGUUAGACUAAGUUUGAUACUAUAGGCUAAAAGCGAGCACGUUGCGUCAAGUUAAACGGACGUUUGCGUUUAACAACCUGUUGAUAGAACGAUUCCAAUUUUCUGCACUGUUUUUGUGUGAAUGUUUUCGUUCACUGUGUAUAAUAUUGUUUUCCUCCAUGAUUUCUCUUGUAUGAUUUCUCUUCUAAGUUUAUAUAAAAAUGUACGUAAGAUAAUUGCAAUUGUCACUCGUGUUUUCAGUCACUGUUACACUUUACGUCUAUAGGAGACGUUUAUUACUACCCGCGAACGUAACUCGCGGGCGGCGAAUCGAUAGCAGGACGACCGUUGUUCUGUACGUCGCAAGGAGCUUUUUUCUCGGUCGCAGAACUUUCCCUAUCUGAAUACAGCAGAACUUUUCAACCCUACCUAUGAUUUACCUUCGUCGAACAAUUAAAAAAACGAACACGUAUCCUACGCGCUCUGCUUCGUCCUAGCGUACAGUUCUCUUUUUUUUAAUUAGCAGCUAUCUUCUCGCUUGGAGCGCAAAAAAGAUCGAGAAUGUAAUAUUCUGAACUGACCAUAAAAUGUCUCUCUAAUUCCGUAUUUUAUCCACGAGGGAUCAACUGUAAUGACUCAAAUGGUAUAUCUGUACAAUAAGCCGCUGGAAAGCGUGGCAAAAUUGAACUUAUCGCAAAUUUACGAUGUCUGUUUGAUUUUUAUUGUAAAAGGUAAAUAAAUGUAAGAUUUAUAGAGCAAUUUUUGCUAAGAAUAUGUGUGGAUGAUAAGAUUUAUAUUAAGGAUACAUAAAAAUAUUUUUGAAAAAUAAUGGAGCUAAUAAUUUUCUCUCAGAAUGAAAAUGCAUGUGAUGUCAUGCUAAGAAUAUCGUCAUGCUGUAUAUACACAUGUGUUAUUUGAAGUGCACGAUAAAACUUAUUUAUAAACGCUUUUUUCCGUAAAGUUUUAUCCGGCUUUUUAAUAAAAAAAAUACUAUCGUUAUAGGAACUCUGGUAUGCACCCAGACGCCUUAUCGCAGAUAGACGACUUCUGGUUUGAUACAACGAGCGAAUAUAUCGAUUUCGUUAUCUACUGAUCGAUGAUCAGUGUCGCGAAAAUCCUCUCUUUAAACGUGUCGUUCUGUGCGAUUCUGUGCAAUGAUUUGAUAAAGUUAAACGAUGGUAUUAAAAUAUGAAGUACUUAUUAUAAAAUGACCCGGAAAAAGUAUGUAAAAGACGUACAUAAAUUAAAAUAUUCAUUUCGAGAAAUAACAAAAAAAAAUAAGUAAAUGCUAUAUGAAAUAAUUAAUAUACAUAUGUAGAUCUGGCUGCCAAUGUGCAGUGUAAUACAUCAUUUAUGCAGUUAUGCUAUUUUACUUCAACGAUCCUCAACGUUAAUGAGACAUUGAAAAAUGAAUAGACGUUGCCUUUACGAGUGCUUUAUGUAUACGUGACGGAACUGACGACGGUAACAUUCGCAAGAAUUGCAGUCGUAGUGUAGUAGCGUCUUCAGUGUCGUGUGCAGGCAAAGGAGAUGGUGGUUCACUAAAAAUACGAUGCAAGUGGCUAAAUUGAUUUCGCAACUGGCAACACGCAUUAGGAAGGGGCCUCAAGAUCUUAGUAAUUAUUUAUUGACAACCAACGUUCCUAGUAUCGUAAAAAUAUUAUUAGUCUUUAGCAAAGAUGACCCGCAAUUGGACAUACUUGCUAAUACCGCGAGAAGAUUGGGGUGGAGCGUGUCGGUGGCGAAAGACGCGGAGAAAGCAAUAGAACUUUUCCAAAAUCGUGCUCAUGAAUUAGUAAUUAUCGAUCACAGGGGACAUCACGCGGCCGAAGGCGAUGCUAUUUGUAGAGCAAUCAGAUCAAGUCCGGUUUAUCACAAUUCUGUCAUUAUAGCGCUCGUGAAAAAAUCAUACUUCAUGCUCGAUGAGAAAGACCAUAUUGUGGCAUUGAACUUGCUAGAAACAGGUUUUAGCAGAGCACUGAUAGAAUGUUCACACGAAGGUAUAUUAAUAAACGAAUUAGUAGGGAUAUACACUAGCUCAUUAUUGCCAAGGACUCAACUAGCAGCAGCGCAUGCAUUAUAUUUGGCACUUGACAGGUGUCGCGAUAUGGUGCAUGUGACCAAUGAUAAGAAUAUUGUACAGUUUCUAAAUAAAGUCAGCGAAAAAUUGUUAGGAUAUAAGACGGAGGAGAUGAUGGGAAGAAAUCUCUCGGAAAUAGUAUUCUACGAAAAUUCCGCUCUCAUGGAGCAGCAAUUGGCUAAAGGUCGGGAAUUCGAAGGGAAUAUGAAUUGCAAGAGGAAAAACAAUCAAAUGAUUACGAUCAAUUGCAGGAUAAUUCCGUUCUGUAUCACAUUAAAGAAACCAAGUCAUUACAUAUACGUAUACGACACUACGUAUCUUUCGGAAAAUUCAGCGCCAAUAAGCCCGGCUAGCAGCCCGUUGCAUCCUCCUCUUAAAACGAGUAUAUUAUCGAACGCGCGGAAAUCUUCAGAUGUCAGAUCUGGCGUAAGCGAAGGUCGUAGGCGGUCCAGCUUGCAGAAACUGCACACUUUGCAACUGGAAGCUCCUAUCACUAAAGUCAUCACGUUACUUUCGAACGCGGUCACGGAUACGACUAAUCCGGAAACAGCAGCGCAGAUCGAUAAAGCAAUCGAUAUCCUAAAGACGACGGAGCUCUACGUGCCGCAUCUUAAGGAAGAUAGAGCAAUGUACAGUGAUCCGGUUGCCACGGAUCUCGUUGGCGCGUUACUUGCCUCUCCGCGCACAGCGUGGGAAUCUAGAAGGUCGUCGUCAGAUUCCGCGAGAUUGUCCACUAUCAAAGCUAUCGCGUAUCCAGCCAACUCACGUGUGCAGGUGAAAAAUUUUCGGGGGCCGCAAGAACUCAUGGACAUACUAGACAACAGUCUCGACUGGAAUUUCGAGAUAUUCAAGCUUGAAGUGCUGACGGAGAAAAGGCCGCUCGUUUUUCUAGGAUUGACGAUCAUGAAUUUGUACCAAGUGCCCGCUACGUUACAUUGCGAUGAGAAGACGUUGCAGAACUGGCUAGCCAUCAUCGAGCACAGUUACAACGCGGAGAAUAGCUAUCACAACUCGACGCACGCGGCCGACGUCAUGCAAGCCACUGCGAGAUUUAUGCAAUCGAAGAGGCUCAAAGAAAUCUUAGAGCCUUUAGAUGAGGUUGCUGCUUUAAUAGCCGCUGCCGCGCACGAUAUUGAUCAUCCUGGACGGUCCAGUCAGUUUCUUUGCAAUGCCAACAGUCGUUUGGCAAUACUCUAUAAUGAUCUGUCGGUUCUCGAAUCGCAUCACGCAGCCUUAACGUUUAAACUAUCACUCUCUGACGACAGUGUAAACAUCUUUAAAAAUCUGGACCGAGAUGCGUACAAACUGUUACGACAAAAUGUCAUUGACAUGAUUCUGGCGACCGAAAUGACGAAGCACUUUGAGCACCUGGCAAAGUUCAUGAAUGUUUGUAGCGCAAGAAUUGGCGAUGGCCAAGAGACUUAUUCAGAUUCUUUGGACAUGUCUGUGGUUCUACAGCCAGAUAAUGUAAUACUGGUUAAAAGAAUGAUGAUCAAAUGCGCGGACGUAUCUAACCCAACGCGGCCAUUAAAAUGUUGCGUCGAAUGGGCGAGACGAAUCGCGGAGGAAUAUUUUAAUCAGACCGACGAGGAGAAAAAGUUGAAAAUGCCAGUCGUAAUGCCGAUGUUCGAUAGAAUGACGUGUUCGAUACCGAAAUCGCAAAUCGGUUUUGUCGAUUAUAUCAUUAACGAUAUGAUCGAGGCUUGGGAUGUGUUCAUUGACAUGCCAGAAAUAGUGGGCUAUAUGCGACACAAUUACGAGAAGUGGAAAGAGUAUAAUGAACAGGGUAUAUCCACUUUACAAGAUGUCGAGAAGCUACAGCAACAUCCCGAGAUGCAAAUACCGCGAUUAUCUUGAAAAGCGCGUCUCGUUUCAUUCUUGUGUCUCGUUAUGUAAUAUUUACGCUGCGAUUAUCUCGCAAAGACGUGUAUAGUAUUUAUGUAUUUAAGGAUAGAGCAACGACGUCGUGUGUGUUCUCGAGAGUCGUUUCUAAGAAAAUACAUGUAAUUCGCCGUUUUACGCGCCAUCAGCAUCCUCAUUAUUUAUAUAUAACUUUCAUUCCCCUCAAUGACACUCGCCGUAUUACUAUUUUAAACACAAACGAUGCACAUUAGUAAGGUGCUUAUAAUAUUAAGAAAGAAAUACCUUUGUAUAUGCAGCUCCGAUGACUAUGUUACUUCGAAUGAAGUCUUCGCUGUGUUUAUGCAUGUUGGUCAUUAUAUUGUGCAUUUGAGAACAACAAAUAAAUAACAACAUUGCAUUUGAA